GCUCUCAGCAGCUUGUUUAGCCCCUCCAUCUUGAGACGCAGAAGGUUUGUGAAUGCAGUGUUCGCGACAAGGAGGACUGGAGUUACAGUAAGGCAGAGUACAAUAUCCAGCUCCUACCUCGUGACCCAAACAAACAGUGCUUCGCCACAAACCCUGUGUUGCGCAUACGCCGCUCCAUCAGUGCCAGCAUACUAUCACGCGGCGUUGACCAUCGAACAAACGCCAGCUCCCUUCUACAAAACGCGUUCGAUUCCCCGCAAACCACCACUUAAACACCAUCAACCAAUAUGUCAAAGCCCAACGAGUACCCGCCCGCCUAUGACGGCCCAAACCCGCCUCAGGCUGCGUACCAACAGCAGGGCUACGGCCAACCCGGUCCUUACGGCGGCGACAAUGGCUACUACCAGUCGAACCCCAACAUGGGCUACCAACAACAGGGCCCUCCGCAAGGUGGCUACUAUCAACAAGGUCCCUAUCCCCCACAGCAAGGAGGACCCUACCCACCGCAGCAGGGUUACCCUCCCCAAGGUCAACAUCAAGAACAGAGCUCGAGUUCGAGUGGUUGCUGCCAGGGAAUUCUUGCUGCUCUGGCAUGCUGCUGUUGCUUGGAGUGCCUGUUCUAAGGAGAGAGCAUUAUGCUCGAAAGUAUGGCGGGUUAGCCUCGCUGCUAGGAGAGAGUGAAUAAGCAUUUCGUGGUACAUAUGCCCGGACGAGACGGCUGAUCCAUCGGAGCUCUUGAACGGGCUUGGAUGAGGGACACUCGAUAUAUGCUUUCGGGUACCCCCUACCUUGCAUGUUGCAUUUGAACGAGGGAGCCUGUCAUGUGGCAGAAGGCGCUGUCGUCUGACAGUAGAAGCAUUGGGCCGGCGUAACGGACGAGCUCGUGAUCUGCGGCACGUCUGGAACGUAGCCGCUCGCUCUUUUGAUUUCCUUGGUCUUCCCUACC